AAGUUGGGUUGUGUGUCCUUAAGUCAGCCCUUGAGCUGAUCCUUUUGGAGGCAAGAGGCCCUGCUAGGCUUGGGCUGUGUGUCAAAGUAAAACUAAAAGGCCCAGGAUCAGAGCCAGAGGAAGGUGGUGUUUCUGUAACCAUGGGAAGCCUGUGCCUGGCUUCCUCAUGGGAUUACAGCAGCAGCUGUAAUUUCUGUAGCCUGAUAUUAAGUGGUAGUUUGUGCUUGUGUUUAGUUCAGUGGCUCAGCUGCAGUGUGUGAGGAUCCUACCGAGCCCUGCUUGGGGCAGGAGACCUGCAGCAUCUCCCUGGGUGGGAGUGUGGGGUGGAAAUGUGUGGCACAGGCUGCUGGUGGGAGUGGGGAGGUCCCAGCCCCCUCUGUGGAUGGCAGUGGAUGCUGCUGGGCAGUUGUGGCCUGACCCUGCUCUGUCCUGAAGCCCAAGAGCACGUGCAGACGUUCAGCUGGCACCUCUCUCAACCCUGCUGAGAUGGAGGUCGGGAAGAAGGAGCAGCGCAUGAGGAAGUUCAAGAACAAGGGCAAGGACGCAGCUGCCCUGCGGAUGCAGAGGGUGGAGGUGAGCAUUGAGCUCAGGAAGGCCAAGAAGGAUGAGCAGAUCCUGAAGCGCAGAAAUGUGUCCCUUCAUGUAGGGAGUCCCGGCUCCCCGUCUGACUCUGAAUCAUUGCCUGUGACACAGAUUAUUCAGCUGUCCUUGGAGGAGAUCGUGGAAGGCGUGAAUGCCAACAACCCCAAGCUGCAGCUGCUGGCCACACAGGCCACGAGGAGAAUGCUGUCCAGGCAGAAGGACCCCCCCAUCAACCAGAUCAUCCAGCUGGGGAUCAUCCCCAGGAUGGUGGAAUUCCUGGGCCGUGCUGACGAUGCUGCCCUGCAGUUUGAGGCGGCCUGGGCACUGACCAACAUCGCCUCUGGCACCUCAGAGCACGCCAGGGCCGUGGUGGAGGGAGGUGCCAUCCCAGCCCUCAUCUCCCUGCUGUCCUCCCCCCACAUGCACAUCAGUGAGCAGUCAGUGUGGGCCCUGGGCAACCUUGCAGGGGAUGGUCCUCUCUACAGAGAUGCUCUUAUCAGCCAUGAUGUGAUUCCUCCCUUGCUGGCUCUGGUGUCUCCUGCAACUCCAAUUGGCUUCCUGAGGAACAUCACCUGGACACUGUCCAACCUCUGCAGGAACAAGAACCCCUACCCUCCCCUGGACGCCGUGCACAAGAUCCUGCCUGUCCUCAUCUGCCUGGUGCAGCACGAGGACAGGGAGAUCAUCACCGACUCCUGCUGGGCCCUCUCCUACCUGACCGACAGCUGCAACGAGCGCAUCCAAAUCGUGGUGGACACCGGGGUUCUCCCCAGGCUGGUGGAACUCAUGGCCUGCAUGAACCUGAAUGUCAUGAUUCCAGCUCUGCGUGCCGUCGGGAAUGUGGUGACAGGGACGGACCAGCAGACCCAGGCAGCCAUCAACGCCGGGGUGCUGGCUGUGCUGCCCCGCCUGCUGCGGCACAGCAAGCCGGGGAUCCAGAAGGAAGCAGCCUGGACGCUCAGUAACAUCGCAGCAGGGCCUCCCCAGCAGAUCCAGCAGCUCAUCACCUGUGGGUUACUGCCGCCCUUAGUGGAGCUGCUCGACAAGGGUGACUUCAAGGCUCAGAAGGAGGGGGUGUGGGUCGUGGCCAACAUCACGACUGGAGGAACAGUGGAUCAGGUGGUGGAGCUCGUCCGUUCUGGGGUCCUCAAACCUCUGCUCAACCUGCUCUCAGCCAAGGACAGCAAAACUAUCCUGAUCAUCCUGGACACCAUUUCAAAUCUCUUCCUGGCAGCUGAGAAGCUGGGAGAGACCGAGAAGUUGUGUCUGCUGCUGGAGGAGCUCAACGGUCUGGAGAAAAUUGAGGACUUGCAAAACCACGAGAACAACAUGGUCUACAGAGCUGCCCUGAAGAUCAUCGAGAAGUACUUCUCUGGUGAGGAAGACUCAGACCUGGAGCCUCUGACUGGCCAAGAUGGGCUGUAUGAUUUCUCAGUGGAGAAGCAAGAUUUCAACUUCUGAAGAUGAAAAGCACGACACGACUCUGAGCUGGUGGGUGAAGGUGCUUUGGAAGAGCCCAGACAUCCAGUUCACGAGGAGCAGAGAUACUGAAUCUUCUUUUUACUUCUGAAACUUGUCAAUAAAAGUGCACUUCUGGCUUUGUA